GGGAGGGAGGGCAGGAGGAAGGGGCACGGGCGGGCGGGCGGGUUCGUGCGAGGCGCGUGAAGCCUCGCUGAGCUCCUGCUCCGGGACGCGGACGCUGGCGCGCGCCGACUUUCUCCAGAACAGCCGAGCCCGCCUCUGUUGACAGCAUUUCAGAAGGCACCAGCUUUUCUCUCUGCAUCCAUUCAUCUAAAGAAGUAUGUUUGUACUAUUUUUACAAGCUUUUUAUUUUUACUUCAUCACAGGAAAGUUCAGCCCCAAGAUGGAAAUGAGUUCAUAUGAGAGGGUGAAUUAAGGUGUGACCAUUUGUGGUGUCCCGUCAAUCCCUGAAGGAAUAGAUUACCUGAAACUACUUUUAAUCAGGAAGAUUUCAUAUCUUGAUACAGAUCAACUAUUCAGUUUGUUUUUCUGAAAUGAAAAGUAAAAGACAACAGAUUUAAAAGAAAUGACGAUGUCUCGUAAAUAAUCAGCAUCAACUCCGUUCUUACGAUGAUGAUGGUGAUGUGAAGUGGGGUACAGAUCUGGGUGUGGUCCUAAAGACAAGAUUCUUGAUGGGACUGAUACUGACAGCAAUAGGAUCUUUUGAGUAUUCAACUCGGAGCAACAGACUUUGUCAUCAACGGCAUGAAUGGCUCAGCCGAGGAAAUAGAGCAGCUUUCAUCUAAAUCCAAACGUGUCGUCAUUUUUUUACAGCUAUUAUUUUGAAAACCUCCUCAAAACCAUUUAAAAAGCAUUGACAACUAUUUUUAUAGAUUAAAGAAAGGCAGAUGUCUGCAAAUAAUUCCCCUGCAUCAGCCCAGAAGUCUGUGUUCCCUGCAACUGUUUCUGCUGUGCUUCCAGCCCCUUCUCCGUGUUCAAGUCCCAAAACAGGGCUCUCCGCUCGACUCUCUAAUGGCAGCUUCAGUGCCCCGUCACUCACGAACUCUAGAGGCUCGGUGCACACAAUUUCAUUUCUACUUCAGAUUGGCCUCACACGAGAGAGUGUUACCAUCGAGGCCCAGGAACUGUCUCUCUCCGCUGUCAAAGACCUCGUGUGCUCCAUUGUUUAUCAGAAGUUUCCAGAGUGUGGAUUCUUUGGCAUGUAUGAUAAAAUUCUUCUCUUUCGCCACGACAUGAACUCAGAAAACAUUUUGCAGCUGAUUACCUCGGCAGAUGAAAUACAUGAAGGGGACCUGGUAGAAGUUGUCCUGUCAGCUUUAGCCACAGUAGAAGACUUCCAGAUCCGCCCUCAUGCUCUCUAUGUGCAUUCUUACAAAGCACCUACUUUUUGUGAUUACUGUGGUGAAAUGCUCUGGGGACUGGUACGCCAAGGAUUAAAAUGUGAAGGCUGUGGAUUAAAUUAUCAUAAACGAUGUGCCUUCAAGAUUCCAAAUAACUGCAGUGGAGUAAGAAAGAGACGUCUGUCAAAUGUAUCUCUGCCAGGACCUGGCCUCUCAGUUCCAAGACCCCUGCAGCCUGAGUGUGUGCCCCUUCUCAGUGAAGACUCACAUACUCACCAAGAGCCCAGUAAGAGAAUCCCGUCCUGGAGUGGUCGUCCAAUCUGGAUGGAAAAGAUGGUAAUGUGCAGGGUCAAAGUCCCACACACAUUUGCUGUCCACUCUUACGGCCGCCCGACCAUAUGCCAGUACUGCAAGCGCCUGCUGAAAGGCCUCUUCCGCCAAGGAAUGCAGUGUAAAGAUUGCAAAUUCAAUUGCCAUAAACGCUGCGCAUCCAAAGUACCGAGAGACUGCCUUGGCGAGGUUACUUUCAAUGGAGAGCCGUGCAGUGUGGGAACUGAUGCUGACAUGCCGAUGGAUAUUGACAGUAGUGAUGUGAACAGUGACGGCAGUCGGGGCUUGGAUGACUCAGAAGAGCCAUCCCCUCCCGAAGACAAGAUGUUCUUCCUUGACCCAACUGAUCUCGACGUGGAGCGAGAUGAGGAGACUGUUAAGACAAUCAGUCCAUCCACAAGCAAUAAUAUCCCACUGAUGAGGGUGGUACAGUCCAUCAAGCACACAAAGAGGAAGAGCAGCACAGUGGUGAAGGAAGGGUGGAUGGUCCAUUACACCAGCAGGGACAACCUGAGAAAGAGACAUUAUUGGAGACUUGACAGUAAAUGUCUAACAUUGUUUCAAAAUGAAUCUGGAUCAAAAUAUUAUAAGGAAAUUCCACUUUCAGAAAUUCUCCGUGUAUCUUCACCGCAAGAUUUCACCAGCGUUUCACAAGGCAGUAACCCACACUGUUUUGAAAUCAUCACCGAUACUGUGGUAUACUUUGUUGGUGAGAACAAUGGGAGCAGCUCUCAUAAUCCUGUUCUCGCUGCCACUGGAGUGGGACUAGAUGUGGCACAGAGCUGGGAAAAAGCAAUUCGCCAGGCCCUCAUGCCUGUUACUCCUCAAGCAAGUGUUUGUACUUCUCCAGGGCAAGGGAAAGACCACAAUCUGGCUACCAGUAUCUCCGUGUCUAACUGUCAGAUUCAGGAGAAUGUCGACAUCAGCAGCGUUUACCAGAUCUUUGCGGACGAGGUGCUUGGCUCUGGCCAGUUUGGCAUUGUUUAUGGAGGAAAACACAGAAAGACUGGAAGGGAUGUGGCUAUUAAAGUAAUUGAUAAAAUGAGAUUCCCCACAAAGCAAGAAAGUCAGCUCCGGAAUGAAGUGGCUAUUUUACAGAAUCUGCACCAUCCUGGGAUUGUAAACCUGGAAUGUAUGUUUGAAACCCCAGAGCGAGUCUUCGUAGUAAUGGAAAAGCUUCAUGGAGAUAUGUUGGAAAUGAUUCUGUCCAGUGAAAAGAGUCGACUUCCAGAACGGAUUACUAAAUUCAUGGUCACACAGAUACUUGUUGCCUUGAGGAAUUUACAUUUCAAGAAUAUUGUGCACUGUGAUUUAAAGCCCGAAAAUGUGCUGCUUGCAUCCGCAGAGCCAUUUCCUCAGGUGAAGCUGUGUGACUUUGGGUUUGCCCGCAUCAUUGGUGAGAAGUCGUUCCGGAGGUCAGUGGUAGGAACUCCAGCCUACUUAGCCCCCGAGGUUCUCAGGAGCAAAGGCUACAACCGUUCCCUAGACAUGUGGUCGGUGGGAGUCAUCGUUUAUGUGAGCCUCAGUGGCACAUUCCCAUUCAAUGAAGAUGAAGAUAUAAAUGACCAAAUCCAAAAUGCUGCAUUUAUGUACCCACCAAAUCCAUGGCGAGAAAUUUCCAGUGAAGCAAUUGACUUGAUAAACAACUUGCUUCAAGUGAAGAUGAGAAAACGUUACAGUGUUGACAAAUCUCUUAGUCAUCCUUGGCUACAGGACUAUCAGACUUGGCUUGACCUCAGAGAAUUUGAAACUCGAAUUGGAGAACGUUACAUUACACACGAAAGCGAUGAUGCUCGCUGGGAAAUACACGCAUACACGCACAAUCUCGAAUACCCAAAGCAUUUCAUUAUGGCCCCCAACCCAGAUGACAUGGAGGAAGACCCUUAGUUGUCAAUGAGCCAUCCUCAAUAAGGAAGGGUUUCACUUCAAGAACGGAUACUUUGCUGCAUGACUGGUGGUCUCUGCAGGCUACCAUUGCAAGGUGGCAGCACCGUGAGGAAGUAGAAGGACUUGGUGGCAUCUGUUCUGUAGCUCAUAACGAGUAGGUACACGAAGGGAAACUGAGUAAUAAAGUCAAAAUGGAACUUUAUAAAUUUUUAUAGCAUAAGCAAUAACUGGUUCUGUAAUUUUUCCUAAUCCUUCACAUUAGCACAAUGUGAGUUAGCACUUAAUUUAUCUCUUUUACCUCUCCUUUUCUGUUAUUACAUCAUUUGUUUUAAAGGCCUAUGACUGUCUAGUUAUUGCUUAUAAGGUUGAUUAUUCAACAGGUUUGCAGUUAAGCAGUAACCAUGAGGCUAACAACAUACGGUUUGCUGUAAGGACUUUGUGUUUGUCCACUGUUGGAGGCAUUGAUUCAUCCUGGACCCUAUAAACAGAACAUUGUACUGCUGACCUCUUGGUGGAUGCAUCUUUACAUAUGGUCUGUAUGAUAGAAAAGUUGUCACCUUUUCCAUGUUAUAAUAGUCACUAGGAUAAUUGAACAGUUGGUGUUACAAAUGAAUAAAAAUAGCUGAUCCUCACUCAGCUCUGCCUCUGAACACGUAUGUUCUCAAUUGACACCAUCAUGAUACAGUAGGCCAACAGUCAGUGGGCAUAACUGCAUUUAACUAAUUUAUCCUCACCAGGAGUUGAAUAAUUUAUAGACAAGAUUACAUACUAGAGAGGAAAGCCAAUACAGGGUGCACUAUACAACAAGCAGUUAACUUUUUCUUCUUCCCUUAGCCUUUGGAUGGGAUUUUGAAAGAUGUAGUGUUUUUAAAUUAGCAUUGUAGUUUGAGCAGUUUGGAGGAGUGAUUGAAGUCAAACAUGAAAGCUUAGUUUAUUGAGGUGGGACCUUAUUACCAGUACAGCAGAUGGAGAAAGAGUAAGAACUUCUUACACUUCAGCCCCAGCAGCCAGCUGUUUCGUAGUAGUUAUUAAUACAAGUUCAAUAUCCCUAUCUGAGCUGCUCUACACCAGGAAGGUUUCAUUUUCCAGAUACUGAAAUGUUUGCACACUAGUUGAGCAUCUCUGACUUACAAAUCCAAAAUCCUCCAAAUUCAAAAAACUUUGGAGUUCUGUGCCCUUCAGCUUUCCACAUUAGUGAGAGUCCCACCUGUGCUUUACCCAAAGAGAAAGAUCCUGGACCACCCUCUUGUAAGAAAUACAGUAGCUAUUUGUUUCUUCAUUCCACACUAGUCACCAAAAACAGGUUUUUCUUGUUUUUCCUUUUCUGUGCUGAGAGCAAGAAUUUGGAAUCUGAAAACCUGGGUUUAAGCCUAAGUGUCUUUAUUCUAUAGAUCUGUUGGGCUGAGCAGGUGGCAUUUGUCUGAGCACUUAGUUUCUCAGUCUGUAGAGUGGACACCAUAAAUUCUUCCUUCUGCCUUCCUCCAUGUGGCUGUAAAGAUUGGGCUGUGUGACCACUUCUGACAAUCUGGAAUGCCAGGGUUGUCGCUUACCACGGGCUCUGAGAUGGCAAAGGAAAAACUGUGCGUGUGUGAACAGACCAAAACUAAGUGCCGUCCCAGAUGAGGAAGCAGCUGCAGGGAUCUGUCUAAAAUUACAAAUGUCCGUGAAGUGACAAACAAUAGGGGUGCCUCGGUUGUAAAUGUUAAUGCUUUGAACUGUCCUCACAAUAGCCACAUGAGUAAGCACACUUAAAGUUGAAGCACAGGGUUAGUUGUUAAAGUGCAUUGAGUUUAAUUAUGGAUUUAAACCCAGGCCUAUAUCCCAAAUCCCUUUAACCGUCCCAGCCAUUGACAAUGUACUGUACAUCUGUAUUUCCAGAAGACUUUCCAAACUGUCUCUGUAAUGGUUUUCAUACAGCAGUUGUGAAGAGUAAUUUUAAGAAGCUUCUAAGAAUGGAUUUUUCCAUUUCUUCUAAGUCUACUUGACCAAUAUGUACAAGGUGGAACUAUUGUGUGUCAAUAGGCAGCCCACUGUGGCUUUACCAUGUGAGGUGAGAACUAACUGAAGUGACUGCUGGUUUGUUGUACUUCUAUAAUCAGACUUUAAAAGCCAUGACAUUAAUUGCACUCUGUUUUUGUUGAAGCCCUGUGCUGUUUAAAGAGAGACUGUAAAGGCACUGUCAUAGUCUGGAGUUGAGUAGCCACUCCACUGUUUAACCUGCAUAACUUUUGGUCAUUGUCUUAAAGCCAAGCUGUGUUUGCAUAAAAAGUAAUUGUUUCUUAGAAACAUGUGACAAUUUUCAAAGUAGUGUAUAAUGACACUGUUUAGUACGUUUUAUAUUUUUUGUUACAUCCCACUUUUUUGUAAAUAUUCUCAAAACUUGAUAAUAAAAUGUAUUUCUCUA